AAGCGACUCGAACCGACCAGAUGAAGGUUCUGUGCAAAAUAUUAGCGGUCUGCUCGCUGCUCGUCAGCGCCCAGGCGUUCGCGGCAGUUGGACCAGCCAGGAGCGCCAAGGCGGAAAUCUGGCACUCCCUGUUCUUCGAUGCCCUCACUGGAGGCCUGCAGGAGCCGCAGGCUGACGAGCUCGACAACGUGAAGGAUUGCGCUGCCCUCUACUCGGUGGACAACAUCGAAAUCAUAUUGACGGCCAGCUAUAAGAUUCAUCGUUGCUACAAAGUGAAUGAGCGAGGCAUCAAUGGCCAGAGGGAACUCUUCGAGGGCGAGAUGAUUGCCUGUGCCGUCCUGGACUCGCAGAGCGACAGCCUCUCCUGCUACGCCGAUGCGGUUCUCAACCUGUUCAGCCAGGACAAUGUGCGAGUAGCCCGCCAGGACUACCGUCGCAGCAAGGCCUGCGUCAUCCGUGAGCUGGCCAAGGCUGUGGUCAAGCUGGACGAGGCUACCGACGAGCUGGCCAACUGCCUGGCCCAACAGCCGCCCCAGAACAGCACCACGCUGCCUCCCCAGAACACCACCGCCGGCGAGCCUGGAUGGAACUCCACCCAGUGGCCAAACACAAACACCACUCCCAAUUUUACCACCAUUGCUACCACCACCAUCUCUCCGCUCAACACCACCUGGUUUCCUACGAACUCUACUGAAGGACCCUGGGGAGGAAAUACUACUGCCAAUCCUUGGUGGCCCACCAACUCCACUGAGAAUCCUUGGGAUAGAAAUACAACCUAUCCAUGGUGGACUACCAAUUCUACUGAAGGACCCUGGGGAGGAAAUACUACUGCCAAUCCUUGGUGGCCCACCAACUCCACUGAAAGUCCUUGGGAUAGAAAUACAACCUAUCCAUGGUGGACUACCAAUUCUACUGAAGGACCCUGGGGAGGAAAUACUACUGCCAACCCUUGGUGGCCCACCAACUCCACUGAAAGUCCUUGGGAUAGAAAUACAACCUAUCCAUGGUGGACUACCAAUUCUACUGAAGGACCCUGGGGAGGAAAUACUACUGCCAAUCCUUGGUGGCCCACCAACUCCACUGAAAGUCCUUGGGAUAGAAAUACAACCUAUCCAUGGUGGACUACCAAUUCUACUCAAGGACCCUGGGGAGGAAACACUACGGCCAAUCCUUGGUGGCCAACCAACUCCACUGAGAAUCCUUGGGAUAGAAAUACAACCUAUCCAUGGUGGACUACCAAUUCUACUCAAGGACCCUGGGAAGGAAACACUACUGCCAAUCCUUGGUGGCCAACCAACUCCACUGAAAGUCCUUGGGAUAGAAAUACAACCUAUCCAUGGUGGACUACCAACUCUACUCAAGGACCCUGGGGAGGAAACACUACUGCCAAUCCCUGGUGGCCCACCAACUCUACUCAAGGAUCUUGGGAUGGAAAUACAACCUAUCCAUGGUGGACUACCAAUUCUACUGACGCACCCUGGGGAGGAAACACUACUGCCAAUCCUUGGUGGCCAACCAACUCCACUGAAAGUCCUUGGGAUAGAAAUACAACCUAUCCAUGGUGGACUACCAACUCUACUCAAGGACCCUGGGGAGGAAACACUACUGCCAAUCCCUGGUGGCCCACGAACUCCACUGAAGCGCCUUGGGGAGGAAAUACCACUUACAACCCAUGGUUCCCAGCCAACCAAACUGUAGGUGGAAACACGACCUACAAUCCCUGGUUCCCGACAAACUCCACCGCCGGACCUUGGACUGGAAAUACAACCUACAACCCCUGGUGGCCCACGAACUCCACUCAAGGACCCAGCUACAACAGCACCCAGGGUCCAUGGCUAGGAAACUCGACGACGGAGGCUCCCCGGUGGAACACCACGACUCCCAGCUGGAACUACACCACCGUCGCUGUCCGUACGACGACUGAGACCGGAAACUGGUUCAACCAUCUGCUGAACGAGCUUGGAGACCUGUUCUAGACGCGAGGAAAGCAACGAUAACUAUUUGUCCACUCCCCGGAGAGAGAGUACAGUUGUUUAAGCUCUAGGCCUGGAAAUAAAUAAGUAAACUUAUCAGCAUUGAAAA